AGAACAUCCCGGUGAGCGAGACUGAUUAGGGUUUUGCAGAGAAGUAAAAGAGGGACGGAGAGACUUGAAACGGCGGUGCCAUGAGUCGGAGCUUGGGAAUACCGGUAAAACUUCUACACGAGGCAGCUGGGCAUGUGGUCACCGUAGAACUAAAGAGUGGGGAGCUCUACAGAGGAAGCAUGGUCGAGUGCGAAGACAACUGGAAUUGCCAACUUGAAAAUAUUACCUACACUGCUAAGGAUGGGAAGGUCUCACAACUGGAGCAUGUUUUUAUCCGAGGCAGCAAAGUCAGGUUUAUGGUGAUUCCGGAUAUGCUUAAGAAUGCUCCAAUGUUCAAGCGUCUGGAAGCUAGGAUCAAGGGUAAGGGCUCGGCAAUUGGAGUUGGUCGGGGUCGUGCUGUUGCAAUGCGGGCUAGAGCUCAGGCUGCUGGUCGUGGGGCUACUCCUGGCAGGGGUGUUGUGCCACCUGCACGGCGGUAAAUCGUACUUCAAAUGGGGUCUCAUCCUUUCGGCUCUGAAGUUAAUAUAUUCCUUGUAACCAUCUGCUUUGUAAGCUGGUGUAAAAAGAUAGCCUUUCAUCUGAAAAUUUUACUUUUCCCUGGACUAUAACCUCCUAAUAUCAGUGUUUGCUUAUUUGAUGCUGCUACACAAGGUAUAAGCCAUGUAAUCGCAAUUUGUUGGUCUAGGUUAUUUUUAAAUGUAGCAGAUGAGCAAGCCAGUUAAUCAAUGUCUCGCCACUCAACUGCUGGUGGGAGUUGGGUGGAAAAGAUUUGAUUUUGAGUAGGGUUUUUUUUUU